AUGGAGAGCUGCCGGGCCCUGGCGCUCUGCGCCGUGGCGGCCGCGCUGCUGCUGAGCGCCCGCGGGCAGGGCCCGGCCCCGCCGCGCCGCGCUCUUGACCUGGGGUCCCCCGGCGGCGGCGCCUCCCGGGAGAAGGAGCUGAUCGAGGCGCUGCAGGAGGUGCUGGAGAAGCUGAAGAGCAAGCGGGUCCCGCACUACGAGAAGAAGUUCGGGCAGGUGCCCAUGUGCGACGCCGGGGAGCAGUGCGCCGUGAGGAAGGGGGCCCGCAUCGGGAAGCUCUGCGACUGCCCCCGGGGGACUUCGUGCAAUUCUUUCCUCCUCAAGUGCCUGUAA